AUGAUAAUAGAGAUGAUAAGUGGUGAAAGAAACAAGAACUUCGAAACAGAAGGACUUCCAGCUUUUGCAUGGGCAUGGAGGAGAUGGGUAGAAGGAGAGCCUGAGAAGAAUGCAGCAACAAUACCAACCAUAAACUCUGCAAUAGUUGGGCUUGCAAGAGACGGUACUCUGACAAUACCUAAACCUAGAGAAGCUGCUUUCGUCACUCUCCCUCUCUCGGUGAAACCUACAGACAGAUACUUCAAUAAGUCUAAAGACAAGGAUUCUGCGGUUUCAGUGGACGAGGUUUCGAUUACUCUGUUGAUUCCUCGGUGCAUCUUCCAUUUUAUCUGUCCUUGA